CACAUCUCCCCAAAACAAUUCUUACUCAUAAAAACUGAGAGAGAGAGAGAGAGAGGUUGGGGAUCUAUGAAGAGACAAGAUACUUUGGUGUCAUCAUCUUCAUACAGGGAAAAUGUAGCAGCGGAAACCCUCCAUGCUAAGAGCAUCGGAUGCAUGUCCGGCAUUAUCCAACUUGUCUCCAAAUACCAAAAUCGUCGCAAAUUCCUUACUUUCGGGAAGAAGAAUGUGGUUUCUUCUCCAACAAAACAAAAACCCUCAGUCCCAACCCAAGAAGCUUCCCCAUCAUCAAUGCAACCACAAAACCAAAAGCAAAAAGACAUCAAACCCACCAAUGAUCUCAGAAGACUCUCUUGCGACGUGCCCAGAAGCCCUACACUUCCGGCGGAGAUACGGCGGUCAAACUCCGUAAACUCGCCUCAAAACUUCCGAACUCCGCCGGCGCUGGUGGCGCGCCUGAUGGGUUUGGAAGCUAUGCCCCCAACGAUGAUGAUGGUGCCCGAAUCAGCUGCAGAGAAGAGAAGGAAGUUGCUCAUGGCAUUGGAGAAAUGCAAUGAAGACUUGAACGCGCUUAAGAAGAUCAUCGAUACCGUACAAUUUUCGGAGCAGUUGAGCUCGACGGCUGAGAUUAAAAGGAGUUGGGAGGAGCAGCCGAGUCCUGUGUCUGUGUUGGAUGAGUUCAUGACUCGUUCGCCAUUGAUGAACGCUCAGUGCAACUCCAGGAGACACACUAACGGACGAGUGCAACAUCAACCAAAGCAACUAAAGAAGAAGCCAGGAGAAGAGGAAGUCAUCAACAUAUAUGUGUACGAUAGAAUGACAACCGAUUCAGUUGAAACGAAAGGUGAGAAGAAUGAUGAAUCAUCGCCUAUAUGGAGCAGCAAAGCCUUGAAAGAUAGCAUAGACGAAGUGUGUAGGGAUAUUGCUUGGGGAGAGCAGAGGGAAAUUGGAAGAAUUGGGGUCACUUUACAAGAAUACAUUUGCAAGGACUUGAUUGAAGAGAUUGUAACUGAAAUGGGAUGUUGUGGCAUGUCUGCACUACCCUUCGAAGCAUGUAAGAGAAGACUGUGUUUCUAAUUUGUGUACGUGUGGUUGUGAGUGUUUUUUUUUUUUUUUAAUAGGCAUCAAUUAUAAGAUAUACAUACUUUGCCAUAAAC